AACUGUUAAAAAAAUUCCAAAAAAAGGGCAACCAAAUAAUUUGACUUACAUUUAAAUUUCUCAAAUGGACGGAGAUCAAAUCCGGAAGAGCAGCAGCGAUCAGGACUUGGAAUAUAGUCAAAGUCGCCGCAAAGGCGUUCAUUAUGCCUCGAUUGCCGAAUUCCUGGCGAGUCUCAAUAUCAAUGAUACCACUUUGGGAUCUGUUCGGGGUGUUGGAACCCUGAGCCUGGAGGAUUACCUAAAGAUCGUGCGAAGUGCCGAUAAAAAAGAGCAGGGCGACGGGAAUAGUAUUACUCUCGAAACCAAAAAGAUAAGCAAGAAAUCGUUGCAGGAAAUCAACAACCGGCAAGUCAGGCAGUCAGAUGCAAAGAAUCUCAGCAAAUCCAAACUAAUAUCUCAGUACACUGAAAAGAUUUGGAUUUAAUCCCAAAAUUAUUGUAAUCUUAUACGUAUCCAUAAAGAUUAUGGUUAACAUUAUAAAUUGUAAAUUGUAAGUCAAAUGGCAUAUUUUAUUAUGAUAAUAUAAAGGAAAUUUAGUUUAAAAUUUUUAAUACAUA